ACACAGCUCCUCAGCGUCCCCCCUCUCUCACCACCACUUCCCUUCUCCUCUCUCCCAUUCCAUCUCGCUGUCGCCUUAUCUUUCACUCAAAUGCGCCAUUUAUACAAACGCAUUCAUUCAUGCCCCCAGCUCUCAUACCGCCUCCCCACUCUCCUCCUCCUUGCUGCCUUGUCUUCCCCCGUCGGUCCCUGCCACAGGUGCUUGCCUCCGUGCCCUCUCGCUAGCGCACCAGCACACAAUGCCCCUAGUUGUUGACAGCACUCCUAACACCCCCAUGCCGCAUUGGUCUUCGCCCCUCUCCGCGCUGUGUGUGCCGCUCACUGCACACCAGCCUUCCUCUUCCCCACCCCGCUCCUCUUCCUCCUCCUCCUCCUCCUCCUCCUCCUCCUCCUCCUCCUCCUCCUCCUCCUCCUCCUCCUCCUCCUCCUCCUCUUCACCCUCCUCCCGCAGUCCACACUCCUCCCCAUCAUCACCCCCUCCAGCCGCUACCAACCGCUCGCCAUCUCAGCCACAGCCACACUCAUUCCCCCCGACACCUUUCACUGCGCCCCCACACGUUGCUGACACCCAGGAGAUAGCACAGCUGCGGCGAGCAGUGCAGGGGUCUCCUGGGGAUAUUUCUCUGCUGUUCCAACGAGGCAUGGCGCUGUUGGGUGCGAUCCGCAACUGGGAGGCUAUUGAUGACUUCAAGGCCGUGCUGCUGCUCUCACCACACCACCACAAUGCACGCGCACACCUGACUCAACCCCUCCCUUUUUCCUCCCCAUCCCCCUCCCUCCAACCCCCAUCCCCUCCCCCUCCUCUCUCCCCUUCUCCCUCCCUCCUCCCCCACUCCCCCCUCCCUCUCCCCUCCCUCCCUCCUCUGCACCCGCAGGCGCAGGCGCUACAGGCGGUGGUGGCGGCGCAGGGGCAGUACUGGCAGGUGCGCGUGGUGCUGGGGCAGGCGCUCAUGGUGGCGGGCCAUGCACAGGAGGCCGACUCCGCCCUACAAGCUGUCCUGGCUAUGGAUGCACGCAACGUGGAGGUGCAGCGCAUAUAUGCCAACUUCCACUUCUCCAUGGGCCACCACCACACCGUGCUAUCCACAGCACAACACGUCCUCAGCAUCACACCAUCAGACAUUGAAAUGCGCUUCCUGGAAGCGUCUUGCCUGCACGCCAUGGGCCGAUGGGCUGAAGCGGAAGCGUGGAGCAAGCGCAUGCCGCCCUCUGUGCUCUUCCCCGGCUACGAGCUCCAGAAGGAAGGGCGCGCACAUGGUGGCACGAAAAGGGCAGGCGCAGCAGGGGAGGAUGAUGCGAUGCUGUCGCCCUCUGUGCUGCAGCUGGUGGGGGCAGCUGAGCGGCUGGGCGCACUCGCAGCAUAUGACUGGCAUGGAAUCCUGCCUAACACGCGCCAG